AUGAUUGAGCGUCGCAUGCAGUGCUUGCGUUUAUUUUUGGAAAGGAAUCAUGUUCCGAUAAAUAUUGUCGGUAGAAAUGAAAUAGCAUUGAGUAUCAAAAAUGUGAGAAAAAGUUUGUUUUAUUAUAACAACCUGCUGGAUGAGUUUACGACAGUUGAUAAACACCUUCAAUAUUUGUUAAUGAUCCAGUACCUUGGCAACUUCCCCAAACUAUUAGUUGUAAUAUAUGCAUUAUCUUCGCUUGUUUUUGAAGGAACCCCGGUGCGCCCUCCACUGAUUUUCAUAGCUGUAUCUGAGGCGAUUUUAACAGUAUUAACAUUGGCUUCUGCGGCAUUAGUCGUAGAAGGAAUCAUAUGGCAAGUGGACAAAAUAAAAGAAAUUCUAACUGCACAGCUAAUGAGAUGUUCAGACGAGUCGCUCCGGUUCGAGCUGCAGACGGCGCUGCAGUACGUGCGCCUGCGUCCGUUCCGAUACACGCUCUGCCGCGCGAUACCACUUGAUGUCAACAUGCUCUUCACCAUCAUAUCUUUAUGCAUCACUUAUGUCAUUGUGGGUUUGCAGCUAACGCAUUUCAGUCAGUAAGGGUAAUAGAGAAAUUUCAAAAUUUUAUUGUCCAGAUAAUAGAUUUUAGUUCCACGAUUUUAUCAGUGCAGUAGUUGUUAAUAUUUAUCUAGUUUCCAGAUUGUAGUAUUUUAGCUUCUAUAUUAGCAUCUAUUUUAAUUAUAUUAUUAUGAUCAACUCACAUUGGUAUUAGAAUAAUUUAAUAGCUUUUGGUGUUCGGCUAAAAAGCGAAAUGUAGUGUAACCAUU